AUGUCAUUUUCAGACAAAUUAGACCAUAUCACAGACAUGACUGAUGAGGAAAAUGAAGACCUACCCGGUGAUGACGACCUAGGAAUAACCUGUCAACACAGUAAUUAUUCAGAGGACUUGGGUGCUUGUUUAGAGUGUGCUUAUUUAGAACAUAUUUCUGAUACUUUUCUUAAUGUAUCCUGUUCUGAAGAUAACAAGAAUAUAAAAGCACCAGCAGAUGCUGAAACUCACCCCCAAGCUGAAGCAGCUUUCAACUGCCAUGCACGUACCCCAGAAACAAGUGGAAUUUUGAACAAAACACGUGGCAGGGCAGCUUCUCGUAGGAGUGAAUUGUGCAUUGGUGGCUUUAGCAGAGCAGGUAGGAAGGAGCACCUCGCCGGUUCAAAAAUGUCUGAUGUCCUUUUGCGCCAUUUCUCUAAGGGAGAGUUAAUAACCACAUGCCAGUUAAUUGAAUGUGAGACCAUACCAGAGGUAUCCUUUACUGAAAGCACUGAUGAAGCUAGCAAUAAGCUGGAGACUUCAGAACUGGCCCAAAGCCCUUUAUCUCAUGGACAGCCACCAACUAACUUGGAAAAUUAUCGUGUAGAAAACGGCGAGAGAAUAGAUACUGGUGAGAAAGAUCACACUUUGCUAAAUAAAAAUACAUUUGUUUCAAAAAGAGUUAUUUCUACAACUUCUGAGUGUGAAUGCAUACAAAGAACUUCACCUCUAACUAGUAAGAAUGAAGACAGGCUCAUCUUUCAAAACCCUACAGAAGAACAAAGAGAUCUAUUUAAGAAAACAGCUUCAUCUCAGCGUGGCACAACUCAAGUUCAUUACUGCCCACCUCAUUUUUCUCAAGUUGCUGAAGGACCAAAAAGCAACAGCAACAAUAAAGCAGUUCCCAUCACUGAAAGGACAAAAGCCUUUCCUAUUUUGCCUAAUAAAUCAGUAACUGUGGAUGACACGGUAGAAAACAAGAACUGCUUUGAUUUUGCUGAAACAGAGAAUCAAGAAGAAAUGAGUGUUUCAGAGCUGUUGCAACAGCUACAGAUGCUGGCAGAGCAUGCUGACACCCAGAAUCAUAUUGAUCAGCUCAGAUUUAAUCCUAAGGUACUUUCUCAGUCAGCUUUUCCAAAUCCAAGGUUUGCCAUGUACUCAGGAGGCAGUGAGGUGUCCUCUGGAGUCUUUGCACUACACUCUCCAAUGCUCGAUUUGUCUGAAACAGGAUUACAGUGUGGGGCAAUGGUAUCAACAUUACCAUCAGCUGGUACCAUAGAAGCACACUGCCUGGAUCCUUCCAGUUUACUGCCAGAACUAACACCAGGGGAAAAAAUGACUCAGAUAUUAAAGGAACAAACAGCUCAACUGAAAAAGAAAGUAGAAGACUUCUCUCAACAUAAGAUCCAGGAAACAUUCUUUUUACAAGAUAAAUACCUGGUAUUAAAUGAUUUGAAAAGAUGCCUUGAUGCCCUGGAACAGAAUUAUUUAACUGCUAAAGAGGAGCACCAUAACUUACAACUACAGAACAACAAGGACAAGUCUAUCAAUGUUGGCAAGUUUGAUCCUGAAAGAAAGGUGGAAGGAGAAAUAUUUGGACUUGGCAUGCUGCUUGAAGACAUCCAUGAAGAGCCUGAUGACAGCAAAUGCAGCUCGCCUUCUUUGCUUACUCCCUAUGAAUCUGCCCAUUCAUCUUAUUCUCUCUGGGAGGGCUCAGGAAAUUCAAGCAUUAUUGAUCCUCCAGAAAGAACAGCUGUUGAAAGUGCAUUUCUUUACAAGAACAACAAGGAGAAAAAUUUAAGUCAUACAACUGAUGCAAUCCCGCGGACAAAUCAUGAAUUAUCUUUAGAAGCAGACAAGCACAAUCCUUAUCUGCAUGUCCAGUUGCAAUUACAGAAGAAAGAUGAAUUGACUUCCAAGAGAGAAAUGCAGUCCCUGAGAUUUCUUUCAACUGAGGAAACACAUGGUGCUGAAGGUCUUGGAUCCUAUACUCUGGGAAAACUAAGCCAAAAAUCUAAGGCUGAUGAAGAAAGCAUGAAAACUAAUGAAAACAGGCAGGAAAGGAAAACUGGAAGAUGUUCAAUCUUCAUUCAAGGAAAACCAACUGAUUUAUCAGAUACCAACCUGAGUAGUGAUUCAGAAGACAUCUCAGCCUAUGAUUCUUACAAUGAUUCACAAAGUGAGGAACUUCUGAACCACGAGAUUGAAAGUCACAAGAUAUUCAAUACAAGAUUACAUGGAGAGAGAAAAGGAAUUAGACAGAGAUGCACCAGAGGAAGCAGAGAACAAUUUAAACUCAGGAAAUUGAAAGAGUUACCUCAGCCUUGUGCCCUCUGUAGGAAGAAAAAUUCCAGCAUAAUUUCCUAUUCACAGAAGAGAAUAAGCUCCACUCAAAAAGCUUACAGACAUGUACCACCACCCCACAUUGUAAACAGACUUUCUGAAAGGCAAAAUAUGGAGACUGUCAAAACCUGCUAUUCGAGCAUGUGUGAUACUGUUGUCCUUUCAUCCCAGUACCUACCCAGAAAGAUGAUUUCUGGAAGAAAGUCAGCAGUCAACAUCCAAAAUGGAAAUAUGAGCGUUUCCAAAGCAAACAUUUUAAGUUCUACUCUGGAUCAUGCCAUAGAGACAGCAAACAAUUUGAAGAGAACUACAGAACGAAUGGUACAAGCAGUUUCAGAAGAUCUAGCUAAAGUUAGAAGCAAACAGCUGUCAUCACCCAGUUUCAAAUAAAAUACUGUAUUUUCUUGCCUCAUCAAUUAUACAUCUGUGCGCAAAUAUAAAAUAAUAUUAAAAAGUCAAACCAG